AACACGGAAGUUUGGAACAGAUAAAGGUUUAUUACAGGUUCAUGCAAGCAGAUGGGUAGCUCAUCCCUUAAGAGCCCCAAAAUUACUGAAAGCUUUCAGCAAAGCCCUUUUCUAGGAAAGGUGAGGGAAGAGUGUGUUUAGUUGUUGCACAUUUCUUGGUGUCAGAUCUUUUGUUCUUGAGGUCAGGUCAUGAUUAGGAAACGAUGUUCCUGUAAAUCUCUACCAAACAAAUGUUGUUCUCUGUUCUGACAAGGAAGGGCAAGGUCCCAAGGAAUAGCUAUCAUCCUUCAGGGUCUUGGUCCUGGCUAAGAGGAGGUAGCUCUUAGUUGGCAGCUUCCUCAGAGCCAGGUUCCCACACCCUGCCCAGCUGUCAUUGCUGAGGGAGCCAGACAUCUGAUGCAGCUGACCCUCAGGCUCCUCAGGCCAUCCAAACAAGGGUGGGGGGCAUGGUGGGUGGAACCAGGCUCCUCAGACCGCGACGCAGGCAGAGGGCCACUGCUAUCAGGUAGCAGAGACAGGGGUGGGGGAGAGGUUCACCACAGCCUCAAGACCAGCGAGUGGCCCUGGUGAGGGCUCUGGAGUCCUGCUGGACACAGCCCCCAGGCUGCCCACUGGCCCAGGGCUAGCUGAACUGGGGGGUCUUCCAGGGAAGGCCUGAAUUUGCCUCUUACCUCACUCUAUACCUGACGCCCACCACACCACUGUUGGCUUAAUCGCUUCCCUAAUGGACCCUCAUUGACAGUUUGUUCCUUGUGGGCAGGGCCCCCUGCAGUGCUGACCAGUAGCUGAGCAGGACUACUAAUGGUCACCCACUGACAGUUGGUUGCUUGUGGGCAGGGCCCACUGAGGCACUGAGCAGGGGGUGAGCAGGACCUGUUGCCUGGUAACAGGGUGCAGAGUAAUGAUGCACAGCAAUGGCCACCUGCUAAGGGCUGCACUCUCUUACAAAGGGAAGGAGCAUCCGGGCGGCCUCAGACAAACCCCUUCCCUCUCUUCUUCCCUGUCUUCCCUCUAAUGAGCCUCAGUUUCAUUAGCUGUGAAAUGGGAAUACCAGCUUGCAGGAUUGCUGAGUGUUUCAUGAGAUGGUACAUUUGGAACAGACUUAUCAACUGCAAUGCCUGGUCCCAGUGUGAAGCGUGUAGUGGUGGAAAGAGUACAUGUGGCAAUUUAUAAACUAAUAAAAGACAACAGUAUAACUACAGCUACCUUAUGCAUCUGUUUAACUCUUUGUUUUGAGAUAAUUUCAUAGUUACAGAAAAAAAUAGCAUAGAGAAUUCCCAUAUUCCCUUCCCCCAGCAUCCCGCCAUGUUAACAUCUUGUAUAAUCAUAGUACAGUUAUCAAAACUAAGAAGUCAACAUGGGUACAAUUUAACUAACUAAACUACAGACUUCAUUUGGAUUUUUACCAGUUUUCCCACUGAUGUCCAUUUUCUAUCCCAAGAUCCAGUCAAGGAUCCCACAUUGCAUAUAGUUGUCAUUCCUUAGAAAAUAUAUUUAGAAAAAUAUGUAUAGUCUGUCACAUUUAAUCAUUAAAAUAAUUCUGGAGGAAAUGUCUUAUAUUUUAUAGAUGAUGAAACCGAAUCUCAGAAAGGAUACACAUUAGUUUAAGUAGCAGAACCAGAAGGCAAACCCACAUCUCCCAUACUCAUUUAAGGACACCAUGGUUAUCUGUUUGGAGAGUCAGGCGUAUACAACAAAUGAGAAAAUAAAGCAAACAGAUGCCAUUAGUGCGUUCCACAUUCAAAUGCUGUGAAAUUUUAAAUGAGCCUCGCAGCAUGGCAAAUCACACUCCAGCAAAUCCCCUGCUUCCUCACACCAGCCGCCUGCUGCUCAUGCACCUCUGUGGGCUAGAAGCCACACACAGGAAUCCCAAGGCUAAGGGAGCAAGUUCCAUUCUGCGGGACCUCGGAUCAAACUCAAAAAUUUAGAGGAAAAAGAAAGAAAGCCUCCACAGGAUGAAAAUUCACUGAAGCUAUAUAUAGCUCAGUGUAACCCUUGUGGGGCUGACCCUCCCCCAAGUAAGAGAGAAUUCCGCCUUCCAACUGAAGCAUCACCUCUUCCUGCCGGAUGACCUUCAAACUGACACGCCGCCGGUUCCUGGUUCUUCAGCAGCUUUUGGCCUUCAAACUCAGACUUGAGGAACAUCAGCUCUGCAGAUUUUGGACUUGUCAACCUCCUCUGUAGUCCUUCUUGCAAGGGGAAACUUUGACUCUGAAUUGGAAACAUCCCAGUGAGCAGCAUGAAGAGGAAAUGCCAGGACUACGAGUCCAGACUGCCAGACAACACUGCGGUGAAGCAGCAGCAGUUGCCUGCCUUCCGGCUCCAGCUGACAGCCAGUAAAAUCCUCUCUGGCUUUUUUGCCAUAGGGCUAUUCUGCCUUGGCAUGGGCAUCAUCCUUCUGUUGUCUGCAAAGAGCAUCAGGGAAGUAGAGAUUAAUUAUACAGAAAAAUGUGCAACUUGUGCAAAACUGCGGGAAGAUGCCACUAAUUUUGACAAAGAAUGCAACUGCUCUAUUUCCUUUUACCUUCCACAGAAAAUGGAGGGUAAUGUUUAUCUGUACUAUAAAUUGUAUGGCUUCUAUCAGAACCUCUAUCGGUAUAUUCUGUCCAGAAGUAAUAUCCAGCUGGUGGGUACAGAUGUAAAGGAUGUUAGAAACUGUGCUCCAUUCAAAACUUCUGACAAUGGGCUCCCCAUCGCUCCUUGUGGUGCAAUUGCCAACAGCAUGUUCAAUGACACCAUUGUUCUUUGGUACAACUUUAAUUCAUCUACACAUAUCAGAGUCCCAAUGGUAAGGACUGAAACUGCAUGGUGGACAGACAAGUAUGUCAAGUUUCAGAAUCCAACUUCCCAAAAUCUUUCUAGUGCAUUUGCAGGAACAGCAAAGCCUCCGAACUGGCCUAAGCCUGUCUAUGAACUAGAUGAAAAUGACCCAGGGAACAAUGGCUUCAUCAAUGAUGACUUCAUCGUGUGGAUGCGGACAGCCGCCUUUCCCAAUUUCAAGAAACUGUACCGCCGACUCCAUCGAAUAGGCAACUUUACCGAAGGCUUACCUGCUGGUAGCUAUAGUUUCAUCAUAAACUACAACUUUCCCGUAAGCAGGUUCCAAGGACAAAAAGCAGUUGUUCUUUCCACCCUGACGUGGAGUGGAGGCAGUAGCCUUUUCUUAGCCCUCGCCUAUCUGGUGACAGGAGCUGUGACUUUGUUGGCCUCCUUUUCCAUGAUGGCACUUCACCUGAAGCUGAAAGAAAGGAAAACAUUCUUCCUCCAGUAGUAAAGUCAAGCAUUGAAAAGAAAAACAGAAAAUACAGAAAUGGACAGUGAAGUAAUGGAGCCAAAGAUCUCAAAAUGGGUUAUUCUACCAAGGGGAACUGGACUGACUGACCAAGUACUCUUCCAGAGAGAUAUGUAAUAAGAGUUUCAAAGUAAAGAUAAAGGAGGGGAGGAGGCAUAAUUAGGUAUAGUAAAAUGUCCGUGGAAUGGGGAGGAUAAAUCAUCCUUGAGCUCUAAACCAAGUCUCGGGUAUUUAUUUGAAGCCCUUGUGCCUGAAAAUAGGUGAAUGCCUAGGAGGGUAGCAUCACCAGAUGAGAGGAAGCAAACCUGGGGCCCCAAGAUUAAGUGAGUCCUUUUAACCAUCAGUCAGGCUCAGACCAUGAGCCUUCGUUGGCUGGUUGAAAUUAUAGACUCCCCAGCAACAAUUUUUGAUCACUGAAUUGAACAAUCAGGGUGAUUUUUGAAAAUGGGUUUAGUCAAUGUUCUCCUCUUUCUGUGGGUCAAAAUGAAGUUUUCUUACUAAGAGUAAGCCAAGUGAAGGUUAUGGCAGUAGUCCUCACAGCACCCAAAAUACAUCAAUACACCAAAAAGAAAGUCUAGGAAUUUCCCUAAAGCUACCCAUGAGGCCAAAAGAGAAGUACUGAAAGUGACUGAUGCUCUCAAAAGCUGUACCCAGCACGUGAGGGUGCAGCACAGUUCUGAAACUUACAUCAGAAUGACAUUCUCUAGAACGCGGGUGGUGACGCGGAUUUUUGAUACUUGAAUUAUACAUUUUGAGGGAGUUGUUAGGGUCCAUCUUAAAAGAUUUGAAGUCCCGCUAAAGGCCGCUUUAAAGGAGACUGAACGGCAUGCAGCUGACCCUUGAACAGCACAGGGGUUAGUGGCGCAGACCCCCACGCCAUCAAGAAUCCACCUAUAAAUUUACAGUUGGCAUUAAUACCUGUGGUUCUAUCGAUACAUCCACGGAUGCAACCAACUGUGGAUCAUGUAGUACUGAAGUGUUUACUGAAAAAAAUCCCUGAGUAGACACUUGCACUUCAAACCUGUGUUGUUCGAGGAUCAGCUGUACUUGGUCAAGCUGGCAGGGCAGGAGACUUGCUAGAUCUGCAUAACUAGAUAACCAGCGUACUGUAAAAAACAUGUUUAUAUAU